AGGCUCUGUGGCAUAUCUUCUAAAAGUGAUUGGCCGUGCUGAUUCACUGCCCACUUUAUCAUGUGCUGACAAAGACAUGCACAGUGCUGCUUCUCCCAGUACAAAUGCAGCUGCAACCUGCAGAAAUACAGUCCACUUCUGCUGCAGAGCUCUGUGAGCAAGCCCAGCUCUUCCUGAACCAAACACGCCUAAGGCCCUCCGUCUGGAUGACCAAUGUCCUUUUUAACCGAUUCUGUCGGAAAUUAAGCCUCCAACUUCCAUUCAUUCCUGCUGGCAGCAACGCAUAUAAUGCAAACAAUCACAAUUCAGGAUCACACAAACAUUGCUCUUAAAACUUCCUAGAUGAUUGUAGUUGCUUUCCUUGUGUUCUAUGCUAGCAGAAGCCUUUUCCAAGGUUUACUGUUGACUCUAGAGCACCGCGUUCCCCGUUUGCUGGGAGCCUUGGGGGCUGGCACCAUGGGGAACUCCUGCGUUUGCCGCGAUGACAGUGGAGCAGAAGACGGCUUGGAGUCUCAGCAUCGACAAACAGAGAGCAGUAGGGUACGUGCACCUGAUGGAAGAAGCCACCCAAGGGACCCUGUCCGACCACCUAGGAGGGGGAGAGGGCCUCAUGAACCAAGAAGGAAAAAACAGAAUGUGGAUGGGCUAGUACUUGACACACUGGCUGUAAUUCGGACGUUAGUAGAUAACGACCAGGAGCCUCCUUAUUCAAUGAUCACGUUGCAUGAAAUGGCAGAAACAGAUGAAGGUUGGCUGGAAGUUGUCCAGUCUUUAAUUAGAGUUAUUCCUCUAGAGGAUCCGCUGGGGCCGGCCGUUAUAACGCUGCUACUUGAUGAAUGCCCACUGCCAACAAAAGAUGCAUUACAAAAGUUAACUGAAAUAUUAAACUUAAGCGGAGCUGCUGCUUGUCACGAUGCUUGCCACCCUGCUAAACAUCGGAAUACAACUGCAGUGCUGGGCUGUUUAGCUGAGAAAUUAGCAGGUCCUGCAAGUAUAGGCUUACUCAGCCCAGGCAUAUUGGAAUAUUUACUUCACAGUUUGAAUUUCCAGUCCCAUCCGACCGUGAUGCUUUUUGCACUAAUUGCACUGGAGAAGUUUGCACAGACAAGUGAAAAUAAAAUGACAGUUUCUGAAUCCCGCAUUAGUGACCAACUGAUCCUGCUAGAGAAAUGGACAGAUCACCCAGACUAUUUGAAACGCCAGGUUGGAUUCUGUGCCCAGUGGAGUUUAGACAAUCUGUUUUUAAAAGAAGGCAGGCAGUUUACAUAUGAGAAGGUUGACUUGACCAACAUCAGGGCUAUGCUAAACAGCAACGAUGUCAGUGAAUACCUGAAGAUAUCACCACAUGGAUUAGAGGCUCGAUGCGAUGCCUCAUCUUUUGAAAGCGUCAGAUGUACGUUCUGUGUUGAUUCUGGAGUUUGGUACUAUGAAGUUACAGUCAUCACUUCGGGAGUGAUGCAGAUAGGAUGGGCUACCAAAGACAGUAAAUUUCUCAAUCAUGAAGGUUAUGGCAUUGGAGAUGAUGAGUAUUCCUGUGCAUAUGAUGGCUGCCGGCAGCUGAUUUGGUAUAAUGCCAGAAGUAAACCACAUUCCCAUCCCUGCUGGAAAGAAGGAGACACAAUAGGAUUUCUGCUAGACUUGCAAGAAAAGCAAAUGAUCUUCUAUUUAAAUGGAAACCAGCUGCCUGCUGAGAAGCAAGUCUUUUCAUCAGCUGUAUCUGGCUUUUUUGCUGCAGCGAGUUUCAUGUCUUACCAACAAUGCGAGUUCAACUUUGGGGCAAAACCUUUCAAAUAUCCACCACCAAUGAAAUUUAGUACCUUUAAUGAUUAUGCCUUCCUGACAGCAGAGGAGAAGAUCAUUUUGCCAAGACACAGGCGUCUGGCUUUGCUGAAGCAAGUGAGCAUCAGAGAGAACUGCUGCACACUUUGCUGUGAUGAGGUAGCAGACACAGAACUCAGGCCAUGUGGACACAGUGACCUGUGCAUGGAGUGUGCCUUGCAACUGGAGACCUGCCCUUUGUGUCGACAGGAAAUACAGACCCGAGUCAGACAGAUUUCUCACAUUUCAUGACACAUGUGAAGUACCACAGACUUGUUUUUAAUGAACUCCAACCAAUACAGAAAGGGGGAAGCAUCUCUAACCAAUCUUUACGCACAUAGAGCCGUAGCCAUGGCCAGAUUUCAUGCUAAGCUGAUUAUCUUUAAA